GUCCUGCUUCGUCUCUUGUUAUCUAACUUGAGACAUUCAGAGAGAGAUAAUGGAGUCCUCGGCUGCUUCCUCACUCUCCGGUACAGCGUCCUCAAAUUCGCCUUCCAAACGCCUUUUGUUCGACCGCCGUUACGGUUGGGUAAUUGAUGAAUUGAAAGACACAUCAGAGGAAGCUCUUGCCGGUGGCCGAGGGAUGUUUUGCAUACUGCCGCUUGCAAAAACUUUGAUCAAGAUGGCUUCCCAAUCGAUUAAUGCUGCAGCAAACUCAGCAGUGAAAGCUUUUGAAAGGCCAGACCUGCUUUCUCCGCAGCAACUGCAAGCGGGUCUUUACAACGAGCUUCACAAAAUUAAGUCUUCUUUGGUAAAACCGGAAUUCAACCAUUUGUUACUCAAAGGAAAUCUCUCGUCAAAAGAGGCCAGUUGCUCUUCUAGUAAAUCAUAGAUGACUUAGAAUGAAUUGAUUUCUUGAAUCCCACACUGGAAUACAGUCCAGAACUACUUUAAGUCAGUCGAUUUAGAUAGUGUUUUUCAGGUUGUUAGGGUCAGCAUUGUAUCUUGUACGAAAUGAUAUGGCGUUGUCGAUUUGAUUAUUGUGAACCUUGUCUCACUGUUCCGCUUUAUACAUCGGAGGUGAACGUGAUUUUAAGUAUCCGGUUGAUCAUUCUUAAGCUGAA